AUGCUCAGCCGACUCCAGGCAAUAAAAUUGCCCUCACCUGCAUCAUCGUCACAAAGGAUCAUUGCACCCGUCUCUUCCGCGCCGAAAUCAACCCAAGUGACCGAGCCAACAAGCAGAACAUUGAUCCUGGGAUGUGUUGUCGACACGAUUCUCACAAGCCCUAAGUUCAAGCAAUUCUACUUGAACUCUCACAUCGCUCUUCAGGGUAGCGCCUUGACUCCACUGUACACAAUUCUUUGUGAUGAUUGCAAAUGGUCAAUGGAUGACAUCGAGGAGUUCACCUACGGCUUGUGCUACAUGCAUCAAAUUGAGGCUCUUCCGACUUCUCUACCCAACGCCACUCUAUGUUGCCAAUCGCUACGCGCUGAACGUGGACGCCGUAUGAGGUGGUUCAACAUUUAUUUCAGGAAGAAUGAAGCCGCUGCCGGAGUCGAAUCCAGCCACACUAAUUUUCUUGGA